CCUGGCUUGAAAUGGAGUUGGCUUCCCAGCCUUCUUUCCUGCGCGUCAUUUUGCUCUGUCCUAUUACAUUCACUUUACACACAAAAUAUGUGUAUUCAAAGGCCAUUCUCGUUAUUUGACUUAUUUAAUUCCGUUACUAGAUAAUGUGAUUUAAUUCGACGAUUAUAUACGAGAAUAGGCGAUAGCAAACAUUCAUACAAUUUAAAAUAGAGUCAGAUUACGGGCCACCAAAUUCUCAAGUUACAUUGUAUGUAACUGAUUAAGUUAUUUGGCUAAUUAAACGGACACUUCUUAUCUUUAACAAAAUAUUACAAAUUUCGCUAACAUCAUGUUUCAAAUUACUUAGUUUAUACAAUAUAAUAUGCACUAAAACUUGAAAACCAACCGUAAUUUCAAAUUCUGACAUAUUUUUGUUAAAUUAAAAAUUAAAUAUUAUUGACACCCAAUCAUUUGAUCGGUAACAAUUUAGUAUAAAAUUAUAAAAUGACGAUGUUAGUCUAUCAUGAUGAUGAACGCCUAACUAAAAAACUAUUCCUUCAUAUAUAUAAUUCUGAUAGGGAUAUAAUUUUCGGUAAGUGAAUGUAAUGUGCACUUCUAAUCAAUAGUUCAUUGAUGUUGUCAUGAAAAAGUGCAAAAUAUUACAUGUACUGGAAAUUCUUAUUUUUGUUAAAUGAAAUUAGUUUUGGAUAUAUUUUGGUCUGUCGAAAAAUGAUAAAAAACAAUAAAAGCUAUCAUGGAUAUGGUGGUUAUUGCCAUGACUGUCUACUCAUCUGUCGUGUUUUUACAAAUGAUAUGAAACGACCGAGAUCAUUUCAACCUAGAAAACGCGGUCCAAAACGUCCAGAUGAAGCAUUAAGAGAAAAACUUCGCAGAAAUUCAAUACCUAGAGGUAUCUAUGAUAAUCCGUAUAACCCUGGUUUGUGGCGUCGUACGACAGCAAUAACUGCACCAUACACUAGUUAA